AUGUUGAAACCCGACCAGGUGACAUCUCCAGUCCAAUGGGAGACGACAGUAAAGACUCUCUUAUCCAAAGGACUUAAGAACAGCUAUGAAUUGGGACCUGGAAAGGUGAUUGCAGGGAUAUUCAAGAGAGUAUAUAAAAGCGCCAAUGUUGAAAACAUCAGUGCUUGA